CUGAGAGCAGAGAGAGGGAUCUGUUUCUGAGUAGGGUUGUGUGUGGCUGACCAAGGUUACUGAGCUACUGCAGAACAGAGCAGAGCAAAUCGGGCUUCUUAUAUUUAGCCUUGCGACGUGCGCGCUACGGAUUAUGUCUUGGGCGUCUCGGGUUUCGCCUUCAGUACGUUUGUGGGUGUGGAGGGGGUCCGGUAACUGGUGGAAGGCCUCUCUUCAGGAAAAGGCUGUUUACGGUGACAUAGUCGUUUCCCAUUCUGGAAGGCUAUUUGGAGGGUACAGAUAGUAAGAAAAACAGUCGCAGAGGACAUAGCAGUGUUAGACUACAGCUUCUAAUCUGAUACAAGUAGAGAACACUAACUGGGUUUUUGCAAACCAUUGGAGGGACCUCAUUUUAGUGCGGAGGCACAUUGAGGUCGUAGUUCAAAAGGAGUCAUGGAUACACUGGCUUUAGAGGCGAAGGCAACUGGGCAAGAAAAGAAAAGUUCAGCCCCAAGACCAAGACCUAAACCACCCAAAAAGGCCAAAAGGAUUGUUUACUUUGAGGUAGAAAUCGUGGAUGCCAAGACAAAGGAGAAGCUACUACUCUUGGACAAAGUUGAGCCAACUUCUACUAUUUUGGAUAUUAAGGCUUUGUUCCACAAAUCAAAUCCCCAGUGGUACCCAGCCAGACAGUCCUUACGCCUGGAUCCUAAGGGUAAGUGUCUGAAGGAUGAGGACGUCUUGCAGACACUUCCUGUUGGAACCACGGCCAGCUUCUACUUCUCUGACCUGGGUGCCCAGAUCGCCUGGGGCACUGUCUUCCUAUCAGAGUGUUACGGACCACUGCUCAUCUACUUGAUGUUCUACUUCCGCCUGCCUUUCAUCUAUGCCCCAAAGUAUGACUUUAGCAGCAGCAAGCACUGGGUUGUACAUUUGGCCUGCAUGUGUCACUCCUUCCACUAUGUGAAGAGAAUCCUUGAGACGCUGUUCAUCCACCGAAUCUCCCAUGGUACCAUGCCACUGAGAAACAUCUUCAAGAACUGCAGUUAUUACUGGUGUUUCGCAGCAUGGAUGGCCUACUACAUCAACCACCCCCUCUAUACACCGCCCUACUAUGGGCAACAGCAAGUGAAGACAGCACUCAUUAUAUUCUUAUUCUGUCAGGUCGGCAACUUCUCCAUCAACAUCACUCUACGCAACCUCAAAUGUCCAGGUUCGAAGGUCAAGAAGAUCCCACACCCAACUAAGAAUCCAUUCACCUGGAUCUUCGCGUUGGUGUCUUGUCCCAACUAUACAUACGAGCUGGGGUCGUGGAUGGGCUUCACAGUGAUGACCCAGUGCUUGCCRGUGGCUUUCUUCACYAUCGUGGGCUUUGUCCUGAUGACGGUGUGGGCCAGGGGAAARCACCGAAACUACCGCAAGGAGUUCCGUGACUACCCCACCCUGCGCUCCCCUAUACUGCCCUUCAUCCUUUAGUCAGAGAGGGGCUGGUCCCACACAUAACUUCACCCCUUUCAGCCCCACUGCAGUAUACAGCUGKUGCUUCUGACUGGGUAGGUUGGAAGGAGUCGUUGGAAUAGUUCAACUACACUGUGACUGGUUUUGGGGAGUUGAAAACCCCUUUUGAUGACUUAAAUGCAGAUGAGUCUUAAUCUGAUGUAAUGUGUACUACCGGUAUCUACUGUACAUGUCAAUGUGUGGAGGCACAAAUKAAUGGAAAAAAAUACACGUGUUUUACUAAAGUGGUGACUUAACUGUCGACUAAACUGU